AACAUGCAGGGGUCCCACCGUGCCAGUUCCAGCCUUUUGAACUCUUUCCAGCUUUUUUUUCUUGCAACAAAUCUGUCUGACUGCCACCAGGACAUAGGAAGCGUGUGCCUGUCAAAGAAAUCAAGUUUACUUUUUCUGACUUGUUAACAGAGGCAGGGUAUAAAUAGAGCUAACUCUGCUCAGACUAUUAGCAUUUCUCUUAAAUUAAGGGGGUAACUUCCUAGGACCUUUAAUCCAAUGAGGUCCAGACCAAACUGCACUAUCAGCAGAGGCAGCAAAGGAGCUUGCUGAAGUUUUUACAAAAGUCAGGUGCAUUUGGGUUCCUCGAAAAUUUAAGGCUUACCAAAAAAAAAAGCAACCCCGAGCAAACAAGAACUACCUCCAGCUUGGUCACUGCCAUUGCCCUGGAGAAGUUCUGAGAUGUUGUUGGUGCUGUUCAUUCGGUGGAUGUGGAUCUUGCUGGGGAAGAGCAGUGUCCUCUUGCUUCUGGAGGUCUCUCUGAAAGGGAGAGCUCUACCUCCAAUCCGGUAUUCCCACGCUGGGAUAUGCCCCAAUGACAUGAACCCCAACCUGUGGGUAGACGCGCAGAGCACUUGCAAGAGAGAGUGCGAAGCUGAUCUGGAGUGCGAGACCUUUGAGAAGUGCUGCCCCAAUGUCUGCGGAACGAAGAGUUGCGUGGCGGCUCGGUACAUGGACGUCAAGGGGAAAAAGGGGCCGGUGGGAAUGCCCAAAGAGGCAACCUGUGACCGUUUCAUGUGCAUCCAGCAAGGCUCAGAGUGCGACAUCUGGGACGGGCAACCCGUCUGCAAGUGCAAGGACAGGUGUGAGAAGGAGCCGAGCUUCACCUGUGCCUCCGACGGGCUCACCUACUACAACAAGUGCUACAUGGAUGCAGAAGCUUGCAUCAAAGGCAUUACACUGAAUGUAGUCACCUGUAGGUACCAUCUGACCUGGCCAAACACCAGCCCUAUCCCACCAGAAACAACAGCUCGCCCUACUACUGCCUAUUCCGAGACGACGGUCAUUGACAUCUUGCCGCCUGCUCUAGUGAACAACCCCGUCCAUCAGUCAGUCUACGUGGGAGAGACCGUCAGCUUCCUCUGUGAUGUUACAGGGAGACCCAAGCCAGAAAUCACGUGGGAAAAGCAGGUCGACGGGAAAGACAAAGUCAUCAUGAAGCCGAAUCACGUCAGAGGGAAUGUCGUGGUCACCAACAUCGCCCAGCUGGUCAUCUACAACACCCAGCUCCAAGACGCAGGCAUCUACACCUGCACUGCCAAAAACAGCGGUGGCCUUCUCAGGGCUGAUUUCCCUUUGUCAGUCAUCAAAGGAGAACCCACAUCCAAAGAAGCUUCCCAAAACAAAACACAUUUUCCAACCGAUGAGUGCCUGAAGCAACCAGACAGCGAAGACUGUGGGGAAGAGCAGACCAGGUGGUACUAUGAUGCAAAGAAAAACAACUGCUUUACUUUCAUCUAUGGGAACUGCAACAGCAACCUCAACCACUUUGAGACCUACGAGAACUGUAUGCUAACAUGCAUGAAUGGCCCAAUCAACAUUUGCAAUCUGCCAGCCCUCCAAGGUCACUGCAAGGCCUAUGAGCCCAGAUGGGCCUAUAACAGCUUGACAAAGCAGUGCCAGUCCUUCAUUUAUGGCGGGUGCGGAGGCAACGAGAACAACUUCGAGAGCCGGGAAGCCUGCGAAGAGAUGUGCCCUUUCCCGAAGAACACGCACUGCAAAGCUUGCAAACCACGCCAGAAGCUGGUGACAAGCUUCUGCAAAAGCGACUUUGUCAUCCUGGGCCGUAUAACAGAGCUGACGGAAGACCAAGACUCGGGACAUGCCCUGGUGACAGUGGAGGAGAUUCUCAAAGAUGAAAAAAUGGGAUUAAAAUUCCUGGGGAAGGAACCACUAGAAAUCACGCUUUUGAACAUGGACUGGAGCUGCCCAUGUCCCAACAUGACCACAGUGGAUGGCCAGCUCAUCAUCAUGGGAGAUGUCCACAACGGCAUGGCUGUCCUACAGCCAGACAGCUUUGUGGGGACCUCCAGCAUCCGGCGCGUGCGGAAACUCCGCGAAGUCAUCCACAAGAAAACCUGUGAGCUUUUGAAAGAGUUCCUAGGAUUGCAUUAACCUCCUUCACACGUGUCAGCCUUCCAGACCCGUGUGUUAUGUAGGGCUAACAAGCGCUAGGCUAGUGCACAAACUAAACAAGCUGUUUGAAAAUACACUGUAGGAAUUAUGCAGAACCCUUAUUUUAAUCCAUUAAUGAUGCUUAGCAACAAUGUAGUAUGUUCUUUGGCAAGCACGUAAAACAGCAGCAAAAGGCUAUUAAUCUUGCAUUGAAAUCAAUUCGUCCAUAUAGGAGUGCCAUUUAACUAGAUGACUCACUGCAGUAAUUAUACAAUUUUUAUGUAGCUUCCAUCAUAAAUGAUGGAAUUCAUAGCAUUUGUUUAUCUAAUUGGUACACAGCUAAGUAAUAUAUAAUGUCAACUUAAUCUGUCUCAUUUACAGUAUGGAAAUGUUAUGGUAAGUCAUUAUAAGUAAGUCACACUCUUGUCUCCUCAUAGCAGCACUAAUAUUUUAAGAGGAAAGCCUGUAAAUUAUUGUCUGUAUUUACAGUUGUGCACAUUUAACCAAUCUAUGCAUUACGAAUUUGCUUCUUUUAAUUGAAAUUUUCCUAGCAGUUUUCUCUGGAUCGUACCUCGUUUUUAAAUGGCAACUACUACCUAUCUUGCAAUCCUUACUGGAGAAAAACUCCCUUCAUCCUAUGCCCAGGACAACAGGUCCCUGUAGAAGCUCAAGGCACGGUCCCACCCUGAAAUGACUUUUCUGUCAUCAGAACAAGGUCAGCAAACACCCUCAUUCCAUUGCACUUCCCUGUUUCUGUUUUAAUCAAUAUAUUGUCUAUCACAAAAAGUCCAAGGCAGAAGGAUGGCAGUGUGCUGCCAGCUGUCUUGCUUUUGAAAAUCCUUUACACCUGAGCAUAUGCAGCAAUUUAUUGCUUAUUUUCAUUAGAAAUCCUGCUUUUAUAGGUGAGAGAGUAAAGUAAGAGGAGUCAGGACAAAAUUCAAAAUAGAAAAGUGCAAUACACAGUCUGCAGACUGUAUCACACAGACACAGAGCUGUUGAAAGCAAACUGCACAGACACAGACAUGCAGAGUGGGCACUCUUUAAAGGCAUUUAUCAAUUCGACCCUUUUAGAGCAUUCUUGCAAACCAUGGAAAACAUUUUCCGCCAGGCCAAUGUAUAUAUGCGUAUGAAUAAAUACCCUAAGACAGCACGGGCUGUGGGUGUGAGCGCGUGCAGACACAUAGGAUUGAUCAUUUUAACAUUUGUGUGUCCAAAAAUGUAACAUUUGCCUAUGCAAAAAUCCUUAAAUAAAGAAAAGGCUGAUCCUGGAAAAAUCCUGCCUCUGCUAAGGACUGUCAUUGCAGGGAAGAGGGGCGAGCGUGGCAUGGCGAGCCUUAUCAUUGCUCGCUCUUUGGUGGGUUCGGCGAGUUACUACGGCGGUGCCCAGAGCUUUCUGCCUUGCACAAAAGGCCAGUUCAAGGCUGGACCGGUGUCAAGACACGUUUGGGCGAGAGGAAGGAAGGUGCAGGGAGCGCUGCUCCGUGGUGCCAUCUGACGGGCUUGCUGCGGGGUGGGCGGCAGGACGGCGGGCACGCGUCUGCUUCUGCACGUGCGUGUUGGGGCUGGGUAUGGUUAAGGGCCGGGGGAAGGAGAUUAAAUAGGCAGAUGCUGGGCUUCAGCAUGACGUGCAAGGCUCUAAACUCCCCCCCCUGGAGCCUGCACACGUUGGAUAUUUUGCUGUUGCAGGGAGGAAAACUAACAGUGAGGGUAACGGCGUUGAAUGUGGGGCCAGCUGUGGUUUCUGUGAAGGCUUUCCAUGCCCUGCACCAGACACGGGCAGCGACCGCAGCGUGAUGGAGAACUGGGCUCCUCUCCAAGUGGUCUGGGCUUGGGUUACGUCCAAAAUGCUCCGGCAACAGGAAUGGAUCUAAAUCUCCAGUUAUUUGUAUAAUUUCAGAAGAAGCUGGGUGGGAGGGAGAGGAGCCUGCUUCAGACUUGCUCACCAAGAAAAUAUCUGCUUGGUUUAUCGUUGCACCUUUCCUACAUGUAAAUGAGAAAAACUCCGA